AAAAACACUUCCAACCAUUAACUAAGCCACAUCUUUAGUCCAAAAAUCUUACACACCCCUUCUAGGCCUUUUACCACCUAUAACCACCACCCAUCCUACAAAACAAUCAAAUAUGGCCUCGGCCUCCGCCACUGCCGCCACCUCGUCUUUUAUCGGGACUCGCCUUCCCGAUGUCCCAUCAAAUUCAGGGAGGAUCACGUGCCGGUUUGGGUUUGGGGCCAAGAAGGUUGCCAAGAAAGCCCAGCCCAGAUCAGGAUCAAGCACAGACCGCCCAUUAUGGUACCCAGGUGCCAAGGCCCCAGAAUGGUUGGAUGGGAGCUUAGUGGGUGAUUAUGGGUUUGACCCAUUUGGGCUAGGUAAGCCUGCAGAGUAUUUGCAAUAUGACUAUGAUGGCUUGGACCAGAACUUAGCCAAGAAUUUGGCUGGUGACAUCAUUGGAACUCGGACCGAGUCCGCAGACGUCAAGGCCACAUCCCUGCAGCCAUACAGUGAGGUUUUUGGGCUGCAGAGAUUCAGGGAGUGUGAACUGAUCCAUGGGAGAUGGGCCAUGUUGGCUACUCUUGGUGCCUUGACUGUUGAGUGGCUCACUGGUGUCACCUGGCAAGAUGCUGGCAAGGUGGAGCUAAUUGAAGGAUCAUCCUACCUUGGCCAACCACUUCCUUUCUCAAUGACCACAUUGAUCUGGAUAGAGGUUUUGGUCAUUGGGUUUAUUGAAUUCCAGAGGAAUGCAGAGCUUGACCCAGAAAAGAGGCUUUACCCGGGUGGAAGUUUCGACCCAUUGGGCUUGGCGUCUGACCCGGAAAAGAAGCCAAUCCUUCAAUUGGCAGAGAUCAAGCAUGCCAGGCUAGCUAUGGUUGCCUUCCUUGGCUUUGCUGUUCAGGCUGCUGUUACCGGUAAAGGUCCGCUUAACAACUGGGCUACCCACUUGAGUGACCCGCUGCACACUACUAUCUUGGACAAGUUCCUGUAGAGUGACUAUGUUUGAUUGAGAAGAUGGGAUCCUAUACAUAAGCAUCUUAAAUUACCCCAUGAAAUAUGUAUGGUUCAGUGUGUAGUUCAGGAGAGACUAUUGUUAUAUUGUACCACUACUGUGAGUCUGUAAAGAGAUAUUUGGCAGUUGAAGUAGAAUGGAGAAUGCAUUCUAGACA